AUGAGAAAUCGUACGUCUGAAUCUACACCAAAACAUACGACAGAAGCGUUUGUAGCGGGAGAAAAUAGAGCAAUUACGCAAGCAUUUACGAAAGCGUGUAGAUACUGCAACGGCGAGCACUGGAGCGAUGAAUGUAAAAGGUAUAAAACAAUUGAUGAAAGGAAAAAACGGUUGAAAGGAUGCUGUUAUAAAUGUUUGAAAGAUAAUCAUAAAGCAAAGGACUGUAAAAGCACAAGAAUUUGUACGUACUGCAAGAAAGUGAACGUACAUCACAGAAGUUUAUGUGACAAAAGAUUUCAAAUUAAUCAAAAUCUUGAAAGCGCAAAUUUGUCCAAUGAAGUGGAAAAUGUUGAAAAUACGGAAAGCGAAAAUAAAACAUUAGAAAACGAAGAAACAGGACUUCUAUCUUACAAUGAAAAUGUAUUAAUGCAAACAGCAUUUACAGAAAUAACAAAUGCAAGAAAUAGGCAAAGUGAACAUGUAAAACUUAUGCUUGACUGUGGAAGUCACCGAACAUAUGUUUCACAAAGUUUAGCAGAUCGUUUGAACCUGGAGGUAAAUGGAGAGCAAAGCAUUCAUCUUAUAACAUUUGGUAGCAGAAAUAAAAAGGUUAUACAAACAAAAUCAACGAAGAUCGAUAUUAAACUUCAAAACGGAGAGUACAUGACACUGACUGCAAAUAUUGUACCUAACAUCACUGGAACUAUCAGUAGAAAGGCGGUUAGACUGAAAUCACAGUCUAAGUUUGACAGUCUUACAAAGGAUCUUAUAUUAGCGGACAAUAUCCCCACCCAAAAUGAAACUGAAACACUUGAUUUGCUUAUUGGUAAUGACUAUUAUCUGGACAUUGUGCAGACUGAAAAAAUCGAAGUUCAGCAAGGACUCUACCUAUUAGCGACAAAAUUUUGCUGGAUGCUUUCAGGGAGAACAGAAGUUACUGAUGAAUAUGAUUCUAGUGACAUGAACAUGUUGAUUCUAAACUAUGGAAAUAACGUAACAAAAACAAAUGUAUUCACAAAGGCGGACAGUGUAGUUCCAACAAAACCAGAUAUCGAAGACUUUUGGAAUGUUGAAUCUAUUGGAAUAACUACUGAAAGGGAAAACACAGAUGAUCAAAUUGUUAUGCAACAUUUCAAAGAUACACUUAAGCGCGAGGACGGGCGAUAUCAGGUUACAUGGUCCUGGAAACGAGAUAUUGAUGAAUUGCCGGAAAAUCGUGGAUUGGCAUUAGGGAGACUGAAAUCAUUAGUUACUCGAAUCGAAAGACAACCUGAACUGAAACAGCAAUACGACGAUGUAAUUCAAGACCAGCGUGCAAAGGGCGUUAUUGAAAAAGUUGACAAAUGUGCAGAGUACGGAUAUAAACAUUAUAUCCCACACCAUGUAGUUAUCACACCAACGAAAAGUACAACCAAACUUCGAGUUGUUUAUGAUGCAUCAGCGAAGACAAGAGCUGACAACAAAAGUCUGAAUGAAUGCUUAUACAGAGGCCCUGUCAAGCUACAUGACCUCUGUGGAAUUUUAAUGCGGUUUAGAUUACACAAAAUUGGUAUAGUUGCCGAUAUAGAGAAGGCAUUUCUGCAAGUGGGAUUACAACCUUUAGAAAGAGACGUUACCAGAUUUCUGUGGCUCAAGGACAUCAAUACAUCAAUCGUAAAUGAAGACAAUAUACAAGAAUUUCGCUUUGCAAGGGUGCCGUUUGGCGUAAUUUCGAGUCCAUUUCUACUGGGUGCCACUAUCGAAUGCCAUCUGGAUUCAUAG